AUGGCCUUACGCCAUAGUAUGGCUACGCCACCAUAUGGUCUACCGACCAGUAAUUCGCCGCUGUCAACUGAACUUUUACCUAUAUACUCAAAAUCAACAGAUCAGCAUUUAAGACCGCUGGCCCUGAUUGGGGCCAUUUCUUUAGAUACCCUCAACUUUUCACUUUUUUUAUUAACUGUUGUUUUUGAUGUAAAUGUGUUGUCAUUGAGUGUAUACGGACUCUUCAUGUUUAGUUUCAGCGUAAAGACGAACCGAUCGUUUGACGGCUCAAUUGACUUUCGAGGGCUCGAAGAAGCCAUUGAGUAUAUAUUGAAUGAGGAAGGGGAUCCCGACGUCAGCUAUGACCUAGUGGCUAUUCCCCUAGACCCCAGUAUUAUCACAAAUAAAGAAGAAGGGGGUGAAGAUGAUGUCUUA